AUGAAAGACCUCGCCUUGUUGGCCAGCAUUUUGCUGGUCUCCGCCAGCCCCUUCCUGGUCAACGCCGAUAUCAAUCUUCCUCUGACGACGACCGAGGCCUCGGCUUCCCACCACUCAGCCACGGCUUCUGCUCCCACCGACCUCUUCGAGAAAAACGACCCGAUCCUCAGCAGGCUGGGGAUCAAGACUCGCCCUCUCGCCACAGCGGAGUUGCCCCGACCGAAGGCCUCCUCUGAGGCGUCUAAGCGGAGCGUGGAGAUGGCCGUGGACGCCGACUUCUGUACAGAGGAAACGUGCCCGAAGAAGCUGAAGAACAGCCUGACGGCACUGCCGCUCACCAAGACCAUCGAGCCCAGGCAGGAGGCGACGCCCACGACAACGACGACUACUGUUCAGCCGCGCCGCAGUCGAUGCUUCCCCAAAGACGAUACGACCACUUCCAGCACCUCCUCCAGCAUAUUAUCGACUACGUCCUCCACCACUCCGCCAACCACUUCGUCCACCACUCCGUCCACUACUUCAUCCACCGCUUCUUCCACUACUUCGUCCACCACAUCUUCCACCACUUCGUCUCCUACGUUGUCCACCACUUCGUCCAUCACUCCGUCCACCACAACUUCCAUCACUCCGCCCACUACUUCGUCUACUACUUCGUCCACUACUUCGUCCAGCACCGGCGUCGUCACAUUCACGGUCACCAUCACGCCGACUGUCUCAUCCAAUACCACCACCUCAGCCGCCACAACUACUUCUAGCUCGACCUCUAGCUCCAGCUCAGAUUCAACCACCCCUCCUAGCACUACCACCACUACCACCGCUACCACCACCUCCACCACUUUCACUACCCCCUCUUCCUCUUCCUCUUCCUCCUCCUCCUCCUCCUCCUCCUCCUCCUCCUCCUCCUCUUCUUCUUCUUCUUCUUCAUCUUCUUCUUCUUCUUCAUCUUCUUCAUCGUCCUCCUCCUCGUCUGCAAUCGACGGCAUCGUCACGGUCACCGUGACUGCGGACCCGGGCUACACCCCAACAUACGUCAUGGACCCAUUCCCAACGACCUUCCUCAAGGUCCGAGGCGUCAACGCGGUCCCCCCAAGAUAA